AUGCCUACGAAUCCUACGCAUCCUACUUCUCAACCCAACAGCCCUCCUCAGGGCUAUUCUGACACGGCCGCAUUGGGCACAUCUUCUGGGGAUGGACAACCAUCCACCAGUCGAGUGAACAUGGCCAACUAUGUCACUCUUUUGGGCUUGUUGACGAGUGUUGCCCCUCGUCAAGACAGGCCUCCACCAACAGCUUCAGCUGCCCCUCCACAACGCAGUGGAAGCCCACCACCGUCUCGAGAACCCCGGCAGCGAUAUGGUCGUCUCUUCCCUGGGAUAGCCAGCACAAGCCAGAAGGGUACACAUCCUGUCAUGAAGUACCAGAAUCCCAGGGCAGUGAAGAAAUUGCAUGAUCAUCGCGUGUCGAUGAGGGAAGUGCCAGAACGUUACUCCUGCCUUCCUGACGGCACGCGAUUCCUCCAGUAUUCUACCGAAGACCUUCACAUCUACUUCGCUGCUCGCGUGAUUGAGAGAGCAUGCAGCGCUGGUCUCCAUGCUCUGGUGAUGGACGGUGUGCACAACCUGCAGCCGAACGUCACCAACAAGACGGGACAGCUCUAUGUAAUCCAUGGAGUAACAACGAACGGCGUCGACAUGCCCUUGGUCUUCGCUAUUACGACGAAGAAGACGUAUGUGGUCUACGAGAAGAUCCUCCGGAUGGUGUGGGAGGCAAUGACACCGCCAGCGAGAGAAGGCCUCCGCAUUGUGCUCGACUUUGAGAGAGCCGCUAUAAGAGCAGCGAAGGCCGUCUUUCGUAGGGCCUCUGUGGAGGGCUGCGCAUUCCACCUGGCCCAUGCAUGGAACAGGAGGAGGGAGAGGUUCGGGUUGCGCAAGUUCGUAAAAGGCCGGGCGAGAAUCUCCGCGGUAAGAAAAUGGUGGUGCACACUGAAGGGACUCGUCUUCCUCCCGAAACACCUCCACCCGAAAGUUCCUGCCCUGUUCCGUCCUCCAGUUCCGCCCGGUCAUCCCGCGUACAACAGCUGCCGCGAUUUCCUUGAGUACCUGCGUACCACUUGGUACGCAGGACCAUUCAAGGACAUGUGGUGCAAAUGGAAUGUCUCGGAACUGAGGACGUCCAACGUCGCCGAGUCCUUCAACAGGUAA